UCUAGAGGGAAAGAGGGGGCCAAAGGAAGAUGGAGAAAGAGGAAAAAUGGGAGGACUAAGAAUUGGUGGAUCGAGGGGAAAGAACGGAGCGGGAGGAGAAAGGAAGGGGCCGGAAGGGGCGAGAGGGAGCCAUGUCCAUCCCAGCACCAGCUACUCGGUGGUAGCCUGCCAUGCUGAUCAGGGCAGACAAUGCAAGAGCAGAGACAGCGUCAGAGGGAGGAGAACCCUCGGCACUGGCAUCGACGGCUGAGACUGUGGAACAAGCGGGACCAAGCGCCUCCCGCCAUGUCAGAGAGCACCUACGCGGGGCACAGGGCGUGGGGCACACGAGGCUUUCUUCUGAGAAAAAAGGCUCAGACCAUGAAUUACGUGGGACAGUUAGCAGGCCAGGUCUUCGUUACGGUCAAGGAGCUGUACAAGGGUCUGAACCCCGCUACGCUGUCCGGAUGCAUCGACAUCAUCGUGGUGCGCCAGCCCAAUGGCAGCCUUCAGUGCUCGCCCUUCCAUGUUCGUUUUGGGAAAAUGGGAGUGCUGCGCUCCCGGGAAAAGGUGGUGGACAUCGAGAUCAAUGGGGAGUGUGUGGAUCUGCACAUGAAGCUGGGAGAUAACGGAGAAGCUUUUUUUGUUCAAGAGACGGACAACGAUCAGGAGGUGAUUCCCCUGCACCUGGCCACAUCCCCCAUCCUGUCGGAGGGCUCUAUUCACAUGGAGACCCAGCUCAAGCGGGCCGCGCUGGAGCGGAGCCGAGGCCUGGAAGCCGGUGGCUCCGGGCAGGCGCAGGCGGUGAACGAGAUGCUGUGCGCGGGCCUGUCCGUGAAGAAGAGGAGGAAGAGGAGGAGGAAGUGCCAGCUGGACAGCCUGAAGAGGGAGGACACCCUCCACACCUCGGAGGAGGAGGACCUGUUUCCCAUUGAGAUGAGCUCCGAUGACGACCUGGAGCUCUUGGAUAGCACUAGAACCCUUAUUCACGACGUACCUACAUUUAGAGAUGAAGCACCCCAGAAGAAGCCUCCCAGCCCGACGUUCCUGCCGCCGGCGUGUUACACUAAUUCAGAUAAAGAGUGGUCGCCCAACCAGAGUGAGCCGGUAGAUUGCCAAAGGAUCUCCCCUCAGCUCACGGUCGUGGCGGAAGGCGUCCUUUCUAGCUCUUGUCCUCCACAGUCCUCCCAUUUCCAUUCCUCGGAAAGCCCUUCGGGGUCUCGCCCCGCCACGCCUAAGAGUGAUUCAGAACUGGUCGGCAAGUCCUUGGAGCGGGGCUUGCAGAAGAACAACCCCGAGAUGCUGUGGUUGUGGGGGGAGCUGCCCCAGGCUGCCAAGACGGCAUCCCCGCACAAGGUGAAGGACUCGGCCAACAGAAGCUUUUCGGAGAAGACGCUUUUCCGGGUCAUUCAGAGCGAGUCUUCGGAGACCGUCAGUGACCGCUCGCCCUCGCCGUCGGGGGGCCGCAGCGAGGGCUCCCCGUCCCCGGAGGAGGCCAAGGCCCCGGCCGAGGGGCCGCGCACGGGGGAGCGCGCCCAGGAGCCGGCGGGGGCCGCUGCCGCCCCCGUCCCCGCCCCCGCCCCGGCCGCCCCCGCCGCAGCCCCGCCCCCGCCCUCCCUGGAGGAGUCCAAGCCGCCCCACCCCAAUUCCAACCUCCAGGGGACCAAGAUGGACUCGCCGUCCAGGAAGCGAGACAAGAGGAGCAGACACCUGGGGGCCGACGGCGUCUACCUGGAUGACCUGCCCGACAUGGACCCCGAAGUGGCCGCCCUCUAUUUCCCCAAAAACGGCGACGGCAGCGGCAUGGGCAAGAGCUGCAGCGAGGGUGGGCUGCGCUCGGCCAGCCAGUCCCCUCAGUCGGUGGGCAGCUCGGGCGCGGACAGCGGCGUGGAGAGCACCUCGGACGGCCCCCGGGAGCUGCCCUCCAUCGCCAUCUCGCUCUGCGGGGGGCUCAGCGAGAGCAAGGAGAUCACCACGGAUGAGUUCUUAGAACAAGAAGUGUCCUACCAGCAGUUUGUGGACAACCCCGCCAUCAUCGAUGACCCCAACUUGGUGGUGAAGAUCGGGAGCAAAUACUACAACUGGACCACAGCAGCCCCCCUCCUGCUGGCCAUGCAGGCCUUCCAGAAACCUUUGCCAAAGGCCACAGUGGAGUCCAUUGUGAGGGACAAGAUGCCUCGGAAGGGAGGAAGAUGGUGGUUCUCGUGGAGAGGACGGAACACGGUCAAAGAGGAAAGCAAGCCGGAGCAGUGCUUGUCUGGAAAGGGCAUCAUCAUUGGGGAGCAGCCGUCCAAGCUCAGCAUUGGAAGCAGGAUGAAGGAUGAGACAUCCUCCAGUGACGAGGAUUCGGUCGGGGCCAAGCAGUCCGGUGCCAGCCUCCACGCGCUGAUGUCCAACGUGAGCUACAAGAAGACUCUGCGCCUCACCUCUGACCAGCUCAAAAGCUUAAAGUUGAAGAAUGGCCCCAAUGACGUAGUUUUCAGUGUCACGACCCAGUACCAGGGCACCUGCCGCUGCGAAGGCACCAUCUACCUCUGGAACUGGGAUGACAAAGUGAUCAUUUCUGACAUUGAUGGAACCAUUACACGAUCCGAUACGUUAGGGCAUAUUUUGCCCACGCUUGGCAAGGACUGGACUCACCAAGGAAUUGCAAAGCUGUAUCAUAAAGUCAGUCAAAAUGGCUACAAGUUCCUCUACUGCUCGGCCAGGGCCAUCGGCAUGGCGGACAUGACGAGGGGCUACCUGCACUGGGUAAACGAGCGGGGGACCGUGCUGCCCCAGGGCCCCUUGCUGCUCAGCCCCAGCAGCCUGUUCUCCGCCUUGCACAGAGAGGUCAUUGAGAAGAAGCCCGAGAAGUUUAAGGUGCAGUGCUUGACGGACAUCAAAAACCUGUUUCUCCCUAACACGGAACCGUUCUAUGCUGCUUUUGGAAACCGGCCCGCUGAUGUAUACUCAUAUAAGCAAGUGGGCGUGACCCUGAAUCGGAUCUUUACCGUCAAUCCCAAAGGAGAACUGGUCCAAGAACACGCCAAGACCAACAUUUCCUCCUACGUGAGACUCUGCGAGGUGGUCGACCACGUUUUCCCCUUACUGAAAAGAAGCCAUUCUUCGGACUUCCCCUGCUCGGACACUUUCAGUAACUUCACUUUUUGGAGAGAGCCCUUGCCCCCCUUUGAGAACCAGGAUAUCCAUUCGGCCUCUGCUAACACGUACUGACAGCUUGGGACAUCGGCGCAAAGGACUGGCUCCCCCCGAUUAAAGGAUAGGCUUUGUGAAGAGUUCGGCUGCGGCCCGGGGCCUUGUGUUCGUUCGCUUCCAAAGAAAUUAGAAACGCUUCCCCCCGUUUUCCCCAUUUCCCCUUGAACCUUCACCUCGGAGUCACUUAGGAAAGACCGAUUUUGAGAGUUGGGGGUGGAAAGGAUUCCCUGUUGGUCGGCCCCAUCCAGGGACAAGGGCACAGGGCCAUACGCUGCCGGGCCAGCCUGGGUCUUUGCACUAUGCGGGCCGGCGAAACCAAAGUCUGACUUGCCGGAAGGCGCUGGGUUGUUUGUUGUUUUGUUUUGGUUUUGUGGCAGACCUUGGUUAUUCAGCAAAGUCUUACGAGCUGGGCACAACGUUUCAGGGCAGCCUGGAUGGCACCCGGCUUCGCUGAGCCAAAGGGGAGCUUGCUGUCUUGGAGGAGGCCUCCGGGGAGUCCUGCCCUCCUGCUGGGAAAGGCCCCGGGCUUCAGGAAGUUCUCUGGGCUGUGUCUGUAUUUUUUCUGGGCCUGAUUUUAAUUCUCAUGCUUGUGUUCUGUGAAAGAUAAUCCGAUUCUCGGGUACGCGCGGUACUUGGCACCGUGCUUGUUAUUUUUCUGGCCCCUCCCCACUAGUGCCAGGGAAUGUGUGGGCGGUGGCUGCCCGUGCCCUCUGAAGGUCACGAGACACCCCGACCCCGGGGCUGGGAUUCCCACGUGCAAUAUUCCCCCGCUCGCUCGGUCUGUGCGGACCCUGGGGAAAGGGCCUCGAGCCGGAUGGAUGCCAGAAGAGGGGACGCUCAUCCUCCCACGCUGUCCAAGGGAGCCCGCUUUGAAGACCCCGGAGAACAUUAAAUCUGCGUUUUGUACGUGGGGUUUGCGACAUCUCCUCCUCUUCAUUGUGUCAGCGAGCUGGCUGGAUUCUCUGGGCCGGCGAGCGUCUGGGAUUCGUCGACAGUGAUGAGAUUGUAAAAAGUCCCAGCCGGGCAGCCGUUGUCCGGCUUUCUAUGCAAAGAGCCAUCGCCUCUAGAAUUUCACAGCGACAUGGCUUAUCUUAAGAAACCCUUCCCCCCCGCCCCCUCAGUUUGGGGCCUCCCCGAGGAACAGUUGGUUCCAAUCGGAUCCCGUUUCAGAUCUGGAGCUCUUUGAUCGUGGCGAGGAGGCGGCCAUUGCUGUUCAUCCUGCUGGCUCGCUGGGAAGAGGGAUCGGGGAGGGGAGGCCUGCUGUGGUGACAAGACCGAGCUGCCUAGUUUUGUUUUUUAAAGAGAGUUUUCCUUGGGUAGCUGGGAAUGCUUUCCUAUUUCACUUGCACUAUUAAGAGAUGGUU